UUUUUCGUGCGAUGUGGUUUCCGAAUGUCAUGUCAUCCUUAUUGCACUAUAUUUAUUAUUUGCACUUAUUUUGGUGAUUUGUUUAAAAAUCCCUAGUGUAAAACCUUUUCUCAAUUUCGAUUGGUUCACCUUUAUUUAUUUUAUUUUUUAAAUUUAUCCUUUGUGUAGUAGUAUCUACUGUGAAGUGCACUGGGAACUUUAUAGAUUAUUGAAAGUAUAUACUACUAUAUAACUGUUAUCAAAGUACAAAUAAUGUUAAAACAAUACGUAUUGUUGUUGUGGUUAAUUUGACAAAAUGUAUGCUUGGGGAAGCACUAUUAAUGGAGAGUUGGGUUUGGGAGGCAUCGAAGACGAACAUAUUCUUACACCACGAGCCUUAGACUGGUACCUUGCCAAUAAAGUAGUUGAAUGUGCAUUGGGAGACAACCAUACACUAUUUCUGACAAAUGAGGGCAAAGUAUAUUCCUGUGGUAACAAUGAUUAUGGGCAGUUAGGUCACGAUCAGCCCAGAAAACGGCCACGUAUGUCUAUAUUUAAACCCGUAACCGGAUUAGAUGCAUACAAUAUAACCCACGUUUCAUGUGGAGCAAACCAUUCUGUGGCACUAAAUCAGUGGGGACAAGUUUUUUCUUGGGGUUCGGACUAUCACGGACAAUUAGGGCAACAAUUAGGAGAAAACAUUCAACCUGUGCCUAAAAUUGUUAGAAAUCUUGCAUCUCAUCAUGUGGUACAGUUAGUGUGUGGCCAAAGGCACACAGUAGCAUUGACAAAUAGUGGUGAAAUCUUGACCUGGGGAGCCAAUAAUUUCGGACAAUUAGGCUUAGGUUUCUUUUCAUCUUCGGAAACAGUACCCCAGCCCGUUACUUCCUUAAGAGGCAUCCCGAUAGUGUUUAUAACAUGUGGAGCAUACCACACAUUUGCAAUAUCAAAGUCGGGAGCUGUUUACGGAUGGGGGAAAAACACUCGAGGACAAAUCGGCUUAAACGAUAGCGCCAACAAAAUGUUUCCCACACAGCUGAAAACUUUACGAAAUUUAAAAGUUAGAUUUAUAGCGUGUGGAGAGGAGUUUUCAGCGUUUUUAACCUUGGAUGGUGGAGUGUUUACUUGUGGAGCGGGAAUGUACGGUCAGCUAGGGCACGGCAGCAAUUCUAACGAAAUUUUACCUAGACAAGUGAUAGAAUUAAUGGGUUCAACAGUAACACAAUUAGCGUGUGGUAGACAGCACUGUUUAGCCUUUGUACCUUCGAGAGGGAGGGUGUACAGCUUUGGUAUUGGGGGUUCGGGACAGUUGGGAGUGAGGAAAACCAAUAGUGCCUACACACCUCAGGCGGUCCUGGGACCGUGGGUUUCGCCUGGCGGUAGUUCACUUAUACCUAGCGACAAUAAGAAUAAGCAAAAUCUAGUCAUACAAAGAAUAUUUGCUGGCGGUGAUCACUGUUUUGUCUCAGUAGUACCACAAGAGAAAAAAAUUCCUCCCUAUGACUGUAGGGACUACGAUCCCCAAACGCAAAUACUAACGGUGACCCCAAGUUAUCUUAAGACCCUGUUAAGGAUACCUUUAGUGGGACCAGUAGACCAAGAUGUUAUAAGUUUUUUAGAGACAGUAUUUAAAAGUUUGGCCUGUUUAAAUGGAUCUUUUUUAUUGGAGGAUGAUAGACACUAUUACUGCACCAGCAAACAUCAUGGGUUGGAUAUGAUUAAAGCUGAAAAUACUUUUGAUCUUAUAGGAAAGAUUGAGAAUGAAAGUAUACAGAAUUUGAUUUGGACAGGAAUAACAGAAGACGUACUUCGUCAGUUAAUACCCAACCCUCCAGAUGUCGAAGCCCUACGAAUAUACCUUAUUUUACCUUUAUAUCAUGAAUUUAACAACUUAAAGCAAUACAUGGCAUUACAAAAACCAUUUGCCAGUAGCGCCCUACGUCUUAAACAGCCUGCCAAUAAAGUUGUGGGAGGUUGGUGGAGUAUGAUGACCCCAGAUUAUUUUGAGAAAUUAGUAAAUAUUUUUAAGAAUGUCGCUAGUUAUAUAUUAAGAAAUCAGAAGAUUCCACAAGGCAGGACAGCCUUUUAUGAUGCCGCACUGGUUUCUAUGUUAGAUCUUAUGGCAUAUCUUAAUAAAUUGAAUCACAACGGGGCCGAAGGAUUGAAAGUUCCUUAUGAGACGUUUCAUAUAAGCGAUCUUCAGGAUUAUUUAGAUAUUCGAUAUGACUAUGUAUUAUGGUUGACAGAUCAGGACUCAGGAAAACUGUAUUUAUGUAAUUAUCCCUUCCUUUUUGAUGCAACAGCAAAGUUGCAGUUAUUGGAAACCGAUCAAUCAAUCCAGAUGCAUAGCGCAAUGCAAAACGCAGCUCAACAAGCGGUAGUAGCAGCCAUGUUUAGUCCAAAUCGAAUGGCCGCGAUAAAUCAGUUUCUUAUGCUUAACAUCACUAGGGAUCAUAUAGUUGAAGACACCCUUAGGGAGUUGAGCAGUGUAACCCCACAAGAUUUGAAAAAACCGUUAAAGAUUAAAUUUUGUGGGGAAGAGGCUGAAGAUGCUGGUGGCGUAACAAAAGAAUUUUUUAUGCUUUUGCUGCGUGAGAUUUUAGAUCCUAAAUACGGAAUGUUUAAGGAAUACGAGGAAACUAGGGCGAUUUGGUUUUCUGAAAAUACUUUCGAAGAAAAUAGCGUAUAUUUUCUUAUAGGCAUGAUUUGUGGGUUAGCGAUUUAUAAUUUUACAAUAAUAGACAUUCCUUUUCCUUUGGCUUUAUAUAAAAAACUACUAGGUGAACCAGUUGGUUUAAAUGAUUUAAAAGACUUGUCGCCUUCAAUAAUGAAUUCGCUUAAAAGCUUAUUGGAGUACGAUGGUGACGAUUUAGAUGAAGUGUUUUGCCUUAACUUCAGCAUCAAUAGGGAUAUAUGGGGGGAAAUUGUAACGGUAGAUUUGAAGCCGAAUGGUGCAAAUAUUUCAGUAACGCAGGAAAAUAAGAGGGAAUAUGUCUCAUUAUAUGUGGAUUAUGUGUUCAAUAAAUCAGUCAAUAAUCAAUACACGGCCUUCCAUGAAGGUUUUAUGAAAGUUUGUGAUGGUAGGGUAUUACAACUUUUCCAUUCUCAUGAACUAAUGGCCAUAGUGGUUGGUAACGAAAAUUAUGAUUGGCAUGUUUUGGAAGAAGUAGCCGAGUAUAAAAAUGGGUAUACAUCCUCAGACCCGACGAUAAGAUAUUUCUGGGAAGUAAUCCAUGAAAUGUCCCUUGAAGAUAAAAAGAAAUUUCUUUUGUUCCUUACGGGAACUUACAGAAUUCCUAUUCAGGGGAUGAAAGCUAUUAAGAUAACAAUUCAGCCUACAACUGACGACAAAUUCCUCCCGGUCGCCCACACCUGCUUUAACCUUCUAGACUUACCAAGAUAUAAAACCAAAGAACGGUUGCGGUACAAACUCAUGCAAGCCAUUCAACAAACUCAGGGAUUUUCAUUGGUUUAAAAUGAAAAAGUGUGAUAUAUCAUUGAUAUUUUGUAAACUGUAAACAUUGCCAGCGCAUUUGGAAAAAUCAUGUUAUUUAUGCUAAGACACAGUAGUUUUGUUAAUGUUUGUAAAAACUAAGAACUAGAAAAAAAAAACUUGUAAAAUAUACAUAUAUUUUUAAAAUUGCUUUUAUUUAAUUCUAUUGUUUAUGAUAUGUGAUAAUAUACAAUAUGAUGAUUAGCUUGUGUAUUUGGCUUUUUCGGAAUAGUUAAAAUCAAUGUUAGGUUUCUAGUAAGCCAGAAUGCACGUAAGUGUGAACAAAAAUUAUCGAACCAAACGAACUCUGGAAGUGUGCAUUUUAUUUAUACCCAAUAAAGCAUUUUUGUUGAUUGAACUUUCUUUUUCCUACUGCGAAGUUCUUCGUAUACCCAGCUAAUAUUGAAUAGAGUAUAAUACAUUAGAGAGCAUAAUGAACAUUUUAAAAGAUUGACCUAUUUUAAUACUUUUUUAAUCACAGGUAACAACUGUAACCUGCUGACAGCUGAUUUCACAACGUUAACUUUUUGAGGUUGAUUUUUAAGUGCAAUGCCAAAAAAAUCAUGUUUUUAUUUAUUUUUUAAAACAGACAAUUUAAACUGAAUAAUACUCAAAAAAUCGUAAAUCAUGGCGAGUGAAGAAGAAGAGGAAUACUAUGACUCCAUAGAUGACGCAGAACUGGAACAAUGCAGAAGUUUUUGCAACGAACAAUUCCACGAAGACGACUCCGAAGCGGAGGACGAUAGUCCAAAAAUAAACCAUAUGGUCCCUCUUUAUAAUGGCGAAGUUAUAAAAUCUGAGUUAGCUUCCCUUAAACAAGAUUCUAGAAGUAAUAGUGAGGUAACUCUUCGUGAUACAAAGUUAAAAAGACGAAAUCCUGUGAUAUUUCUGCCGGAAUCAACAAGGAAGAAUCGAUCUUAUCUGACAAUGUUUUACGCAAGACAUGGACAACAGACAAAACGGGAUUCUAUUCCACAAAAAAACAAUUGGUCUGAUGUAUCAACGGAUAACUUUUCAGAAAGAGAAAAUAAUCCUUGCGAGACUCAAAAUUUGGAAAGUAUGUAUGAAACCGAUAUGGAAAAAGGCAACGACCAAUUAGAGCAUUCAAUUGCGCAUGGUACUCAAAGCUCUGUAGCUGCAGCUUCUCGCCGAUAUCAGUCUCAACUAAUAGUCAAUUCCAGUCAAAUUUUCAGCCUUUCCGAGGCUCAUUUUAACUCAGCUACAACAAGUAGACAAAGAAAAAAACGAGACGGUGGUGCAAAGAAGCCGUUGAAAUUGGCUGAUCUUGGUGGGUUAGGUCCUAACAUUGCAUCUGAUAAGCUCGAGUCGUUACGUCGAAGACAAGAUUAUGGAAAAACUGUUAGCGAGAAGAACCGAAUCAAAAUAAUGGAAAAUCAAGUGGUGAGAAAAUUAAAGCAGGAAAUUGAAGAAGGCGCGAAAUCGUAGAUAUUUUUUUAAUCUGUGUAUUUUGGAAUUUUUUGAAUGUACUCAAUUACUAAAAUAAAUUGACGAGUUUUUUUUUGUA